UUUUUAGACAGCGUGGUGGUUGCUGUUUCGACUGUAUACACGAUUACAUCUGUUUUUCUUCCGCUUUCGUUUCGUCGAAACACGAAAUUAUCGUAUUGUUAUCAAAUAUUCACCAGGCUUCCAGCUGUACAGUAACGGACAGAUUUUUCGUUUCUUCAUAAAACGCGAAAUAUAUCGUGGGAUGACGUAAACUCGCUCCGAUAUCUACACGAAAUUAGAGUCGAAACGAGAAUGCGACGACAACGAGAAAUCGAAUACAUAAAAGAAGCCAGCUGUUCAAUGGAAUUGACGAUCGAACGAUCGGUCGAAUAAAACGGAGCAGUGGCGUCGCUUGCGAACGAACGAAAAGAGAAACGAACGAAAAUAUUCUUAAAGGCCGUGUUUUAAUCGGAUUGAGAAAGCUACGCAGACGCGUCGCAUCGAAAUUUUUCAGAGGAACGCGGUAUACGUACACAGUGCCGUCGUGUGUAUACAAAAAUCGCGAGUAGUUUUCCUAUCGAUCCAGCCGGACAGUCGAUCCACUGGUGCGCGAUCAAAAAUGUGGCAUCCGUCGAGAAAGACACCGAUGGAGAAAAAUGUUCCAGAAAACGAAGAAAAGUGUGAGAAGCAGCACGACUCGGGUGACGCUGAUUCUGGUUUCCUAUCCGGAGGAAAUCUUCAAGUCAGUUCCGAGCUGAUCGAAGGUGAAUUAAUUGCCGCGACAACCGCACCCCAGGCUCCAGAACCAAUGAAAAUAGACAGCGGUGUAGAUCUCGGCCUGAGCGAAAGCUUGAGCCAGCUUACUCUGAAACAAGUUACAUUGAAUCCUCUUGCUAGUGGCAAGGUUCAAGCCGAACCAACUGUCGAAUUGAUUCCUGUCAGUUCCGACAAGCUGAAGCAAUACGAUGCUUCGAUAUUACAACACGAAUCGUAUCAAUCUACGGAGAAGCCGUUCAAUGAGGAACCUUGGCAGCUUUACUACACACAGGAUGAUGAUGGAGACACGCAGCUGCACAUAGCCAUAGUGCAAGGUUUCCUAGAGGCUGCGUUCAGUUUGAUAAGAAUGGCACCUCAUCCUUGCCUGUUGAACAUCUUGAACGACGAUGGUCAGUCUCCCCUGCACCUGGCUGUGUUGACCAGGCAACCGAGGAUCGUAAGGCGGCUAAUUUUGGCAGGUGCAAAUCCGGCAUUGAGAAACUUCCGUGGUAAUACGGCCCUACACCUGGCAUGCGCCACCGGGGAUCUUACCUCGGCGAAAGCCCUAACCGAUCCCUUGACGCCGCUCGAAAGAAAUUACCUGCUUUACGGAAAGAAAGUACCUGCGCUGCCGCAGAAUCUCGAACAACGGAAUUACGAUGGAGAGAUGUGCUUGCACAUAGCAGCCUCCUCAGGCCACGUGGAGUUGGUGCGUCUUCUGUUACGUCUUGGAGCAGACCUCGAAGCCAGAGAAGCUUUGGCGGGAAAGACGGCUCUUCAUCUGGCCGUGGAACGCGGUUGUCGAUCAGUAGUCGCGUUUCUUCUUCAAGAAUGCAGGCCUUGUUUGGACACGAGGACGUACGCUGGUAUCACUGCUUAUCAGAUAGCGUUGUGUUUCGAUGGCCAACUAGCCAGGGAACUAGUGAGGCUAGGAGCAACGCCACAGCCGUUACCCGAGUCGGAUUCCGACAGCAGCGACGAGGAUGAGAGCACGACGACGAAUUAUAUGCCAGCGAUCGCGAGACUCAGGCAGAAUGUGGUCGGCGUUAAAGUAUAAAAAUCCAUCGAUCAACAUGCUGGACUAACGUUAUUUUUUAGUCGCUGCGUUUUAGUUGACCGUAGCAUAAUUAAAAAAUAUUAAGCCUCGGAUGGCAGAGCCGGAUCUUUGCUGACCCAACGUAUGACUUGGAAUUUAAAUUUAAUUUGAAGUUUCUUCAACGUAGGCUUCCUACAAUUAAAAGUAAGCGUAUAGGAAAAUGAAUCUCCUGUAAUUUGCUUUUAAUCUUGGGAUGACCUAGGGAGACCCUAGCACCUCUAGAUGUUUUAUAGGUCUGAGUUAUAAUUGAUCCGACAAACGUUGUUCGAGGGUUAACUGACUGUUCGGGAUAUCGCCGGAAAAAAUAACUAGAUAACUUUGCGUCGCGAUGCGGGUUUCAAUAAAGAACACACGAUUCUAAUUGUAUCCACAACAGUACAAGUAUUACACACGCGUCGAACAUGUUAUUAUUCAUUUCGAAAGUAACUGGCACUUUGGCAACAUCGAUGUCGAAGUGAUCCGACGAAAAUAUAAACAGGAGAACGAAGGACGAAACGGAAACGUUGUAACAAUCAGUUAAGUUUGUGCCUCUGUGAGGAGCAGCUACUUACUCGAUAACGAGGGAAUACAAAGGAGACGAGAGUAGAUUUUGUAAUUAAAUAAGAAAAUCGAUUACACGAUGUUGAAUUUACGCUUAGGAGAGACCGCAGGAUCUCGUUUAUAUGUACAUAGAUAACGAAAGCAUCGAAUUUUUGUUCGAUUUCUAUCUCUGAAUGUAGUGAUACUGUGGUACGCUUGAAAGCGUCUUUAAAUCCAGAGAGAAUAUAUUAAAAUGAAAAGAAAGGAAGAAACAACAGUAAAAAAGAAUAGUACGUGAUGAAACGUAAUUUCGUUCUUCGGUUUAAGAUGUACAUACAUAUACAUACAUAUAUAUAUAUAUAUAUUUAUAUUAGAUGCAUUAAGAGACCAAAAUAACACUUAAAUAGAAUAUUUAUGUAGAAAUAGUUUACUCGAAUACUACUCACAGAGUACUUCGAUGUUGUAUCUAUCGCGAACGUUUAUAAAGUUUCCUCGUCGCCCCUUGAACCCCCACGAUUCUCUCUGUCUUACCGUGUUGUACAUAGUCAUAUUUUAUUAGCAACGCAAACGUGUCGUUUUUUUACGACAUCAGCUAUAAUAGAAAAUGAUACAAUUAACACGUUGUUACAUAACGUCUAUAAUUAUUUUUUUAGUAAUAAAAGGCCAUGGAAAAAUUGAUCACAAAAUCCUACCAGUUUUUCCUCGAUCGAAAAAACGAUCCAUUAAAUCGAUUGUAUACAUAGCAUAACGCUGAACAAAAAAAAAUGUACGUAUCCAUCGUAAUUCGUCGGGUACAAAAUUCAAGGGACGCGUAAAGGAGAAUAAAACAUAGCGGCUAAUUUUGCAAGAGCCGGUGUAAAAAUGUGGAGCAAGGACCGGCUGUUGGUUAUUUCGAGUUGGUAACGUGUAAUGGUCUAGGCAUUCCAAGAAGCCCGCAGACUUAUUCCUUUUUGGGGGGAGAGUUUGGUCUGCGAGGCGCACAGGUUCCGGGAUAUAUUUGGAUCUUAGGGAAAAGAGGGGAUCCUUCUGAUCGUCUAACAGUUUCAGUCGUAAGUAAAUGUUUGUUUUUGUUAACGUGUUUAUUUCCUCUCAAGAAUUUAAUAAUAAUUUAUGUUAAUAUUAUUUUUACUUAUUACAUUCGUCUAGCGAAUGUCCGCAGUGGUCAUAUUAAUAUGAUAUGUACAUAUAGAGGAUUCUGAAUUGUAUAAAUGUAUGUACAUAUAAAUGGUUAAGUUUUUAUUUAGAAGUAUAUAAAUUACAAGUUAAAAAAAGCAAUUUUAAUAUAACGGUUAGUGAACUGUUUACGAACAUGAAAAUAUGCAACACGACGAACGGUUGGGAUUCCCCAGUUACUCCAGUUCACGCUGAUGGAAAUACCCCGGUUCCAUGGCAACGAAAGUGCUGCCAGAUUAAGCAACCUUGGACACUAAGGCAUUUUGGUAGUCAGUCAUUCAUACUUAAAAUUCGCCUACACCCGUGAAUCAUUUAUUUGUACCUCUUUUAAUUUUGAAUUUCUCGUUCAGUUGCUAUAAUUUAUCAAAUUAUAUAUUUUAAUCUACGAUCUUGUAGUUAUCUUCGAUCACAACGUAUUCGUAACACGCUUGUCAAUCGAACCGAUCUGAAUAUCGUCUUAAGUCAAAAUUUUGAAUAAUAUAUGACGCUAUGAGUUCAAAAACAAGUCAUGUUUUUUUUAAACAAUAUUACUCUUUGUAUUAAAACAUUGAUUAUAGUUACUUUUCUGUUUGCAUUACAACACACAUAUUUAUAGUAUAAAUGAUUAAAUUGUAAAUACAUAAUGAGUUAUACAAACUAAAAAUAUGUGCAUAAAUGAAGAAAAUAAUAAAAACUAUUAAAUGUA